UGAUCCAAUACGUUACCGGGGGAGGGGUCUGCUGCGGGAUGCUUUUCUUCCGGACCCCUUGUUUGUAGGAGAACCUCCCGAUCUACCUUCCUCGCGCUCCCUGCGCAUUCAUGGCAUCGUUGAUGGAUUAGAGGAGUACCCACCACCGUUCCUCAACCAAAAUCCAAACGCGCUACCGGAAUAUUCCAAUAUUGAUGUGUUCAAUCUACCUGUAAUAUUCUGUGACCCGUUCGCCUUCACUGACUGACUCUGAUCUUUAGUUAUCUGCCGCUUUUGUAUCUGCCAUCAGUGCGGACACUGAUAUAAUGUUCCCCUCGCGAGCUGCCUGCAGGAUCUGUAAUUUUGUGGGGUUGAGUGCAAUCCUUCAACACGGAACCUUGUGCACCCUACUGAUCAAUAUUUCCCCAUUGAUCCUGGAACCCCCAAGUCACGACUAUAUCUGGGCGUUCUUUUGUAGAUUUGUCCCCCUCGAUGCUUUGUUUGACUCGCCUAGUCGAAGUCCAACGCAUAUGAUCCCGUUGGGCAGUGAGCGUACUCACCUCAUUGAAAGGCUCGAAGCGCACCUCGAGAACCCCGGGAAUAUUAUGUCGUGGCUACACGGACCUUCUGGCGCUGGAAAAUCCGUCAUUGCAUACACUCUUGCCAGUCGUUGCAAGCAAAAGCAUCGACUGGCAGGCAGUUUCUUCUUCUCUCGUAGACACGCAAACUGCAGAAGCGCGCGUUCUGUCGUGCUCGCCCUUGCAUAUCAACUUGGGCUGUCUCAACCGCAGGCGAGGGAGAAAAUAAUUGAAGCCCUUAACUGCGAUCCUAGUAUAAUUUCCCCUCAUCGAGAUUUGCGUGAGCAAUUCUCCCGGCUCCUCAUCGAACCCCUGGAGGCCGUUGAUUGGCGCCCUCCUUCGAGAGUGUUUGUCAUCGAUGCCAUGGAUCAGUGUCAAGACCACGCGCCCGAACUCAUUUCACACCUUACUCGACUUCUCUCUCAUCUAGCCAACGUGGGCUUUCACAUCUUCUUCACAAGCCGUGACGAUGUAGAAGGAGUGUUGAUCAGUCGUCAUCUUUUGCCAAUCAUAUCGGACAUUGCUCUGGAUCGCACCGACAUUACUCGAGACAUGAGAUUAUUCCUUUGUCAAUCUUUUGAUAAAACACACAAACGUCAUCGUCUUCAAUGUCGCAAGCCGUGGCCACCGGAAGAGGUGCUCGACCGUCUAGUGGAUAGAGUAGGACCCAACUUCAUUACAGGAUCCGUCAUCGUUAAAUUCGUUGGAAGCCUUGACCAUGACCCCGCAGAGAGGAUGGAUCUCAUUAAUCAUAUUCUUUUCAACCCUUCAUUGCCCUCGGAUCCAUCAGUAGAUGUCUUCUACAAAUCCAUCAUUUCCACAGCCGACGACCUGAAAGAGGCGUACCUUCAUCUCACGAUUGUUGCGAAUCUUGCCGGCAUGUUGUCAUGUUCGCAACUGGAUAACCUUCUUAACCGAGGGUCAAACCAGACAUUUGACAUCGACAUGCGUUCCGUGCUGUCUCAACUGUCACCUCUGGUUCACAUUCCGGAUAAUCACGACAGUGCUGUGCAAUUCUGUCACGAAUCCCUUUGCGAUUUCCUGUCCGAUCCUCUGCGCUGCGGAGAGCAGUACAUUUCUCAACCCGUGAUUCAUCGGCUGCUGGCUUACUCUUCUUUGAGUGUCAUGAUAGAGGAGUUGCCGGAUGAUAGUGCUCUCUGCUCCCGUUUAUCCCAGUUAGCGGGGGAAAUCAGCUCUGUAUCGCUCAGUGCUUUUGACAAUGCGGAUGUUCUAUCAUUUGCAAUACACUCACUGCCAGAGCCUCUGUCAUUUUUGUCUACGCUCUGGCACAUCACGCAACGUCAGCACACGGGGCUUUUGGCUGAUUCUCGAACGGCAUUUACUUUGCAAUACUUUUGCCGUACCUGGCAGAUUUUACAGCACCUCGACUUGUCCGCGGUUGACACCAUGCCUGCUUUCCGCUUCCUAGCUAACAUUCGAUCUCUACCUGCACUCCUUGCCUUUCCAAUGUUUCUCGCAUUUGAAUCCACCGGAAAUGGCGACACUCCGGGCCUAUCGGCUCUACAGCACGACCCUCGCAUAGAAAUAUUGGAUAUGGUGGCCGAAAUCGUGACCCAUGUGCAUGCCCUCAAGGAUCGGUGCAGAUCGGACUCGGGUGCCCUUGAUUAUGCUUGCACUCACUGGGCGUAUCAUCUUUCUUUGGCGGAGUGGAAUGACGAACUCCGCUCCAUUUUGACUGCCUUCAUGGAACAGAAGCUCCAGCAAUGGGUUGUGAAAGCAUGGUGCCUCCAGGAUUUCGAGACCUGCCUUCGGACGUUGUGCGAGGUUCGGGAGCUUUACUUGAUGUCUAUUCGUUUUGAUUCCGAUGCGCAACGUAUCAAAGCGAACACCAAGGCUGAGGAGGAGGUUGAAGGAGGUUUUUUUUCCCCACAUCGUAUGGAGCUGCAGAGUAUGCAAGAAGAAACAUAUACCAAUCAUUGGAAAUAUGACCCGUUCGACUUGGAUCAUAAUCUGCCUAUUCAAGUACCUGGUGGUACCCCAACCAUUGUCACGCCACCGUUCGAAAGCUUCCCCCUCGCCCAGAGCUACGAAGGCGAUGCUUCACAUUCCCACAUCGCAGAAUCGUCCAGCUCUGCGCAGCCAUCGAAGGAACCAUCACCACCACGAAUACCAGUUCCGAUUCGGCAACUCAAACGAAGACGAAGAAUGUCAGGUUCUGGAGAAGAAUGACCAUCUCCAAGUCGUAUGACCAUAAGACUUCCAUCUCCACACUCCAUCAUGCAGUAUGCAAAACACCUCCCUGCCCAGCUCUCCCCUGUCCAGCACGCACCUGCCCAGUACCGCCCCGCCCAGUACCCCCCGACCCAGCACGCACCCGACCAGCACACACCUGCCCAGCACCCCCGCGCCAAGUACGUGCCUCCCUGGUACCCUCCUGGGUAAUCAAAUAUAGCUGCCCGCGUGCGUCGGUCUAUAACCAUUCUGUACGUGUAGAAGUGAUAGUCAUUGUACAAAUCGCAGAUGAUUUUUUCGCGAUUUCAAACCAAUGGGGUCUGUGCC